UGUGCUCCGCUCCGGUCUGCCUGAGAAAGUGGCGUGCAAACUGACUCGGGGCUCUGCGUAGAACGAGUGCACACCGGGAGUGCCUUUGGAGAAAAGUGGGGGGGAUGUUUUCUCACCGAAGAGGUCAGUCAAGCAGAGGAUGAUGGAGAGAGCGGCGCAAUUUUAAGAUCCUCUGAAUCUUUCAUAGCCCGCCAGAAAGAGUUGGUCCUGGGAUGUGCUUUUUGUCUGGAGCCAGCUGUGACACAGAAACAUAACCAGAACCAACUUAACAUCCAGACCAGGAGACGUUGAAUUUUUCUGUCCUCCAAGGGGUUUGACGUGACCCUGUUGUGUGUCAACUUAUCUUGUGAGCCUCGGAUGAAAGGACGAGAGGAGUGGGCACGACUGCUGGGUGCUAGAAUCCCUAAACCCGUUACGAACAGCACGGAGACAGAGCAACACCCAAACUACACAAAAGAGGAAGACGAAACCAGCUAUGUGUGACUGACUUUGAACAGCCAGUGGCGGAAUUGGGAAAAGAGCCUGUCACACCGCACCCGCAGAGAUGUCCUCCAACGAGCUGAGCGUCGAGAUGGACUCCUGCAUUCGGACGUUCAAGGAGCAUAUGCAUCUGGAGCUGGAGCCCCCCAAGAUCCCGGGCGUGGUUGGAGGAAAACGGGGCACCACGUCCCCCAAACUUUCCCCGCGGAGCUCCCCGCGGCUCUUCCGCAAGCUGAUGGUCAACAAGAGCAUCAGGCAGAGGCGGCGCUUCACCGUGGCACACACCUGUUUUGAUGUGGAGAAUGGCCCAUCUGCCAGCUGCAGCCCUCUGGAUCCUCAGGCCUCCCCCGGCUCUGGACUGGUCCUCCACACCAACUUUCCCGGUCACAACCAGCGCCGCGAGUCCUUUUUGUAUCGCUCUGAUAGCGACUAUGAUCUGUCACCCAAGUCAAUGUCACGGAACUCCUCCAUUGCCUCUGAACUACAUGGCGAUGACCUAAUCGUGACGCCUUUUGCCCAGGUCCUGGCAAGCCUUCGAAGUGUAAGGAAUAACUUCACCGUACUGACCAAUGUCCAGUGUGCCUCCAACAAGAGGUCUCCUGCAGCCACAAACCAGCCUGCAGUCACCAAAGUGUGCCUCCCAGAUGAGGCGUACCAGAAGCUGGCCAUGGAGACCAUGGAGGAGUUGGACUGGUGUCUGGACCAGCUGGAGACAAUCCAGACCUAUCGCUCUGUCAGCGACAUGGCCUCCACCAAGUUCAAGAGAAUGUUGAAUCGGGAGUUGACGCACCUAUCUGAGAUGAGUCGGUCUGGGAACCAGGUGUCCGAAUUCAUCUCCAACACCUUCCUAGACAAACAGAACGAGGUGGAGAUGCCAUCGCCAACACCGAAGACGCGGGAGAAGAAGAAGCAGCAGCUGAUGACGCAGAUCAGCGGGGUCAAAAAGGUCUCCCACGGAUCUUCGCUGUCCGGCAGCAGCAUCUCCCGUUUCGGGGUCAAAACCGAUAAGGAGGAGCUGCUGUCCAAGGAGCUGGAAGAUCUGAACAAGUGGGGCCUGAACAUCUUCACCGUGUCAGAAUACUCAUACAGCCGACCUCUCACCUGCAUCAUGUACGCCAUCUUUCAGGAGCGAGACCUGUUAAAAACAUUUAGGAUCCCAGUGGACACGUUUGUGGCUUACAUGAUGACGCUGGAGGAUCACUACCAUUCAGAUGUGGCCUACCAUAACAGCCUGCACGCGGCUGACGUAGCCCAGUCCACGCACAUCCUGCUCUCCACCCCAGCCCUUGAUGCUGUCUUUACCGACCUCGAAAUUCUCGCCGCCAUCUUUGCUGCCGCCAUCCACGAUGUCGACCAUCCCGGAGUAUCAAACCAAUUCCUAAUCAAUACCAACUCUGAGCUGGCGCUGAUGUACAACGACGAGUCUGUGCUGGAGAAUCAUCACUUGGCUGUGGGAUUCAAACUCCUGCAGGAGGACAGCUGCGAUAUCUUCCAGAACCUCACAAAGAAGCAGCGACAGUCCCUACGGAAGAUGGUCAUUGACAUGGUUUUAGCCACGGACAUGUCCAAACACAUGAGUCUGUUGGCUGAUCUGAAGACUAUGGUGGAAACCAAGAAGGUGACAAGUUCUGGAGUGCUGCUGCUAGACAAUUACACUGACAGAAUACAGGUGCUGCGAAACAUGGUGCACUGCGCCGACCUGAGCAACCCCACAAAGUCCCUUGAGCUGUAUCGCCAGUGGACCGAUCGGAUAAUGGAGGAGUUCUUCCACCAGGGAGACCGAGAAAGGGAGAGGGGGAUGGAGAUCAGCCCCAUGUGCGAUAAACACACAGCUUCCGUGGAAAAGAGCCAGGUGGGGUUCAUCGACUACAUCGUCCACCCGCUGUGGGAGACUUGGGCCGACCUGGUCCACCCGGACGCCCAGGACAUCCUGGACACGUUGGAGGACAACAGGAACUGGUACCAGAGUAUGAUUCCUCAGAGCCCCUCCCCGCCCUUCUACGACCAGGGCACCCACGGACAUGGGGGGGGCACCGGGGGCCAAGGAGGUGGGGAGAAGUUCCAGUUUGAGCUGACCCUGGAGGAGGAGGACUUGGACGGAAUAGAGAAAGACGUGGAAGACGAAGACGAGGAGGAGGAUAGCCUGGGAGAUUCCCGCUCUCCUCCUCCGGACUAUCAGGACGAGUGUGACAUGAUGGAGCCCGGCCCCACGGCGAUAGAGAUCGUGACGCACGAGGCGUCGCCCACGGACACAUAGGGCGGCAACACGUGCCGGUUUGAGUUUGGAAAAAGAGGGGCGAUCCUCCUGCAGCUGUGCUUUUGAACAAAAGCCACAGAAGUUUGGUUUUGGCCCGCACGGGGGCGUCUUGCACUCGGGUGUUGGAAGCCACGCACGGACGGACAGUUUUCACAAGAAGCGGCUUCAGAGUUCUCAGGAAAUCAUUUGAGUCUUGAUGGACACCAGAGACUGACGGCGGAAAAAGCGAAGGAUUUAGGCCAGCUUGGUACUGGCACUAGAUGGACUUUGACACUACUGAGAGAAAUUUUGUAACUUAAGACUUUUUUUUAAUAGAUCUAGAAGUAGCAGAUAAAACCAUCCACUGAUGGAGUUUGUAUAGCAAGAGAAAGUGUUUACUUUUUUCCUGUACCAUUUGUCAGAGAUCUUUUGUGUGCCUUUUUUUACUAAUGUCUUUGUAUCGUUUUUUUUUUUUUUUUCUUAUUUAUUGAACACUCUAGUGUGUCUUUGAAAUGUUUUUUCUUAUCUGAGAGAGUAAAACCAUUUUUGUAUGUUCUAAAAAGUCUUCCAUGUAUUGGGCAAUAGAGAAACAUAAUGUCGUCCUCUUAGUAGGGAAACAUCAACGCACACAUUUUGUCAGAUUUAGUUCUCAGUCCACAGUAUUAUUUUGGUUAAAUGUUUAGCUGUAAGUUACUUUUUAUUUUCAAACAUAUUCUUCAUCACGUAUGUUUUGUUCUUGAAACAGUCCGCAAACCUCAUGGGCUUCCUAACUUUUCACACCAAAACUGGAACUCACAGUUACGUUUUAGUUUUUUUUCCAUGUCCAUCCAUCCAUCUUCUUCCGCUUAUUCGAGGUCGGGUCACGGGGGCAGCAGCCUAAGCAGGGAAGCCCAGACUUCCCUCUCCCGAGCCACUUCGCCCAGCUCCUCCCUGGGGAUCCCGAGGCGUUCCCAGACCAGCCGGGAGACAUAGUCUUCCCAACGUGUCCUGGGUCUUCCCCGUGGCCUCCUACCGGUCGGACGUGCCCUAAACACGUCCCUAGGGAGGCGUUCGGGUGGCAUCCUGACCAGAUGCCCGAACCACCUCAUCUGGCUCCCCUCGAUGUGGAGGAGCGACUUUACUUUGAGCUCCCCCCGGAUGGCAGAGCUUCUCACCCUAUCUCUAAGGGAGAGUCCCGCCACCCGGUGGAGGAAACUCAUUUCGGCCGUUUGUACCCGUGAUCUUGUCCUUUCAGUCAUAACCCAAAGCUCAUGACCAUAGGUGAGGAUGGGAACGUAGAUCGACCGGUAAAUUGAGAGCUUUGCCUUCCGGCUCAGCUCCUUCUUCACCACAACGGAUCGAUACAGCGUCCGCAUUACUGAAGACGCCGCACCGAUCCGCCUGUCGAUCUCACGAUCCACUCUUCCCUCACUCGUGAACAAGACUCUGAGGUACUUGAACUCCUCCACUUGGGGCAGGGUCUCCUCCCCAACCCCAAGAUGGCACUCCACCCUUUCCCGGGCGAGAACCAUGGACUUGGACUUGGAGGUGCUGAUUCUCAUCCCAGUUUUUUCCCAUGUCAAACAGGCUUAUUCGUUUUCUCCUUCCACAUGACAGUAAAAAUUAAAAUGAUGUUACUACUGUACACCACCUGGCUCCGCCCACUUCACGCUGCCCGGAUGUCAAGGCAGAGUCCACAGUAGUGCAGCGCAACUCUUAAUAGGGUCUGGAAGGGAGUAAGGUUUACCGACAUGCCAUGCUCAUUCCUUUCCAUCCGGGUCACGGCACCUUCACGCUGCCGGGAUGUCCAGCCAGGGUCCACAGAUUGAGAGUCGAGUGCGCUAGCCAACGAGCUAAAAUCUUGAGCUGACUCAUAAGGCGUCAUGGAGUAAGGUUCACCAAAAUACUCUGCUUCCCCCAAUUGGCAUCCGUUGCACUCACCCCACUAGACCUCACAUUCAUCUGGGUCACGGCACCAAAGUAAGCUACUUGGCUUUGCCCCUUAACACUGCCAGGGGGUCUAAUCAGGGUCCACAGGUUGAACGUCGAGUGCACUAGCCAACAAGCUAAAAUCUCGAGCUGUCGGUGUGACUGUUAGGGCGUCAGGAAGUGAAUGAGGUUUACUGACGUACUCUUCUCACUCACUUUCAUCCGGGUCAUGGCACUAAUGUAAGCACCACAGAUUGGCAGUCGGGUGCGCUAGCCAACGAGAUAAAACCUCGAGUUGUCGGUGGGACUCUUAAGGCAUCAGGGACUGCGUGGGGUUUACCGACAUACUCUGGUCACUCACUUUCAUCCGGGUCACGGCACCAAUGUAUGAUUAUUGGCUCUGCUCCCUUCACACUACCAGAGGGUGGCCAACGAGCUGAACUCACGAGUGACAAGCUGAACUCUCGAGUGAGGUUCACCAACGUACGUUGCUGCUCCCAAUCUGGCAUCCGUUGUAUUCACCCCAAUAAACCUCACGUUCAUCCGGGUCACGGCACCAAUGUAUGAUUAUUGGCUCUGCUCCCUUCACACUACCAGAGGGUGACCAACGAGCUGAACUCUCGAGUAAGGUUCACCAACGUACUUUGCUGCCCCCAAUCUGUCAUGCGUCGUAUUCACCCCAAUAAACCUCACGUUCAAUCAGGUCACGGCACCAAUGUAUGAUUAUUGGCUCUGCUCCCUUCACACUACCAGAGGGUGGCCAACGAGCUGAACUCUCAAGUAAGGUUCACCAACGUACUUUGCUGCCCCCAAUCUGGCAUCCGUUGUAUUCACCCCAAUAAACCUCACGUUCAAUCGGGUCACGGCACCAAUGUAUGAUUAUUGGCUCUGCUCCCUUCACACUACCAGAGGGUGGCCAACGAGCUGAACUCUCGAGUGAGGAGCUGAACUUUCGAGUGCGGUUCACCAACGAAAUUUGCUACCCCCAAUCUGGCAUCCGUUGUAUUCACCCCAAUAAACCUCACGUUCAUCCGGGUCACGGCACUGAUGUAUGAUUAUUGGCUCUGCUCCCUUCACACUACCAGGGGGUGGCCAACGAGCUAAACUCUCAAGUAAGGUUCACCAACGUACUUUGCUGCCCCCAAUCUGGCAUCCGUUGUAUUCACCCCAAUAAACCUCACGUUCAAUCGGGUCACGGCACCAAUGUAUGAUUAUUGGCUCUGCUCCCUUCACACUACCACAGGGUGGCCAAGGAGCUGAACUCUCAAGUAAGGUUCACCGACGUACUUUGCUGCCCCCAAUCUGGCAUCCGUUGUAUUCACCCCAAUAAACCUCACCUUCAUCCGGGUCACGGCACCAAAGUAACCGCCCCCUUCACACUGCCAGAGUGUCCAACCAGGGUCAACACACUGAGAGUCGAGCUAAAAUCUUGAGCUGUGGGUGUAACUCUUAAGCUUUCCCAACAUACCUUACCAUUUGUUAAGUUACACUACCCCUGAGCUAAAAUAGCAGAAUUAUAAGCAAUUAAUGUCAACAUUUCCCCUCAUGAUUUUACAUUUUCCUGCCAUUCGUUCGACUCAAACUAUAAAACCAAUUUGAGUCAAAAAAAGACUAAUUUCACCGAGUUAAGCAAACAAACUAGUUUUUAAUCACAUUUACCUUCUGUGGAAGCCUGGUGUGCUUCUUUGAUGGUCGAGUCAAACUGCACAUCGGUCGGGAUUUUAUUUUUAGCCAGCAGGUAUGCUGCGGUCUUAAUAAUCUUGUUAGUCGGACCUGGUCCUGACCCCCGGCCCGUCUGAUGCAAUGUCCUCCUGCCCCUAUGCAAUCAGGCCCAGACCCCAUGACUCAAGGAGCUGCCGAUGUAAAACUGAAAUUCCCUCUGAGAGCCUCAUCCGAGCCAGCGAUCCCUGGGUUUACAAGCCUUACUCGGCUCCAUGGACACAACCCCAAACAAUCAGGCCGGCUAUUUUUUGUUUUUAUUUUUUUUUAAGCGAAAAUCCCCCAAGUGCUGCUUCCGCCCUUUGACGUCAUUUGUCUCCCGCUCUGCUGCAUGAGGUUUCCAGGGCACUUUGGUUAUUAUGACUUGACACGCAUAGAAGUGACUUUGGGGAAAGAAGGGAAAUGAGGUGCUCUAUUUGGAAAGAAAACCGGUAACUUUUUUUUUUAUUUUUUUGGAAAGGGGUUUGCAAAGCUGCGUUCUUUUUGAGUUGACGAUCACACCUUUUUAUGCCUAACCUACUAAAAUGGUACUUCAUGGUGUGGCAAUCACCUGUGUAUGGUAUGAAUGUGCAGUAUGGCAGGUUUUGUACACACAGUGUGUUUGCGUGUGUGUUUAGAUGUGUAGACUUCGCCAUUGGGCCUUAUCCUCCUCCCCGUCACGCCUCACCUUUUGUCUAGAACUGUUUGUUGCUUCGAGCUAAAGUUGGUCUUUUUUGCUGUUUAUAACAGUAUAUGUAUAUUUAUUCUAUACUUUAAGCAUGUAAAUAAGAAAUAACUGGUUCAAUGUAAAAUCUAUUUUAAUUUAAAUAUGCAUUACCGGGAAGUGAUGGUGUCUAAUGUGUAGAAGAUUCUUUUUUUUUUAUACAAAAAUGUACUAUAUAUUGUUAUAUAACACAAAGACAACGCAAUUUAACGUUGUGUAUAUUAUCCGCACAAUAUUUUCGGGGAGCUGAAGGAACGUGGUCGCAUGAGAACCUUGUCACUCCAAAAUGACCAAAGUCCAUUGUUAAUGCUGCAUUCACAAAAGUAAUGAUCAAAUGCAUUUAACCAAAAAAAAAAACAACCUGAAUGAUCAUAUAUGAAUUGCUUCUUUAAAAAAAACAACAACAAAAAACAUUUUUCUUGUUUGAUUUCCCCCUGAUCAAUAUUUGAAGGUACAAGGUUGUCAUCUGACAGGAGAUUGGUGAUAUAAGGUUCUCAAACGUGUCUCUCUAAGUACCACCACAAUGACCAACGAUAAAAUGCAGUAGCAUAGCAGGCGUAAGUAUUCAUUAAAAACAAGUAUAUGUAAUAUUUUUGGCCACUGUUUGAGCAGUAACACUCUGUUUGAAUGGAAGCAAAUAAAACACUGUACUUUUAUUAAGUGAUUCCUUGGCAUACCGCUCGAUGCAGCCCGCAGUUUAAGAAAAUUGGAUAUUUGCAUACCAUUGCUUAAUCAUUGCUCCGUAUCCAAACACACAUAUCUUAUUUCACUUAUCGAUCGCUGGCACGUGACAAAGAACGGUCUCAUUUCAUCACGUUGUGUAAAAGUAGGUGUGACAGAAAAAAAAAAAAGUACCGGUGGCAUGCAACAAUACGCACGGCACUCAAUUGAUGACAACAAAAUAUGGUCUUUUGUAACUGAUUGUGUGAACUACUCCGGACCAAACUUGUCGUGGUUGUAAAAGCCAGACGUGUUCAGUAUUAGCACUCUUUAUCUCCGUCCAUGCUUUCUGGGUCCUAGUUGCGUCCAAAUGGUUAGCCUGAUUUUGCACUAUCUGCAUGACGGACGGUUUUUGUUAUUUGUCAAUAUUACAUUGAGGUCCACCGGUUGUUGCAGGUGGGUUGAUAAAUGUUUCACACAAUGUAUGGCAUUAUAUUGUAUAUUGUGUUCAAAAAUACACCUGAAAUAAUUUUUCUAAGAAGUGAUUAAAAGCAUGAGUAUACUA